AUGACACGCCAGAUCCCCCAACUCUCUCGACAUGUCGACGCCCAAGGCAGCGGAUCUGGCCACGCUGACCAAUACAGCGCCGCCUACACAAUACGCGAAGCGCCGUUUGGAACACCUCGUCCCAUCCGUAUCAUCGGGGUUGGCGCUGGAGCCAGCGGCAUCAACCUGAUCCGCACCCUCAGAAACACGCUUGGUGCUUCAACCUUCGAACUUGUCAUCUACGAGAAAAACGAGGACGUCGGAGGUACCUGGUUUGAGAACCGCUACCCGGGGUGUAAGUGCGACGUACCCAGCCACAACUACCAAUUCACAUGGAGGCCGAACCCGGCCUGGUCGAGCUUCUUCGCUCCCGCAGUCGAGAUCCAAGAGUACUUGUGUCGGAUUUGUGAUGACGAGAACCUGCGGCCUUACAUCAAGACCUCGCACCGGGUCGUGGGAGCGGUUUGGUCUGAGCACCGGGCCGUGUGGGAUUUGCAGAUCAAGGACUUGGAGACCGGUGGGGUCUUUGAGGACUACGCCAACUUUUUCAUCGACUCAACCGGUAUCCUGAACAAAUGGAGGUUCCCAGACCUUGAGGGCUUGUCUGACUUCAAGGGGGCCGUUGUCCACAGCGCAAACUGGCCCAAGGACUUCGACUACGCAAACAAGGCGGUGGUCGUCAUUGGAAACGGAGCGUCUGGUGUCCAGAUUGUUCCAGCUAUUAGGCCCCACGUGAAGAAACUUCACCACAUCAUCCGUACACCAACCCUGAUCAUCCCGCCUCGGAUUACCACAAUGAAAAUGGGCCCUUCCGCUUCUCUGCUAGAACAGAUUGAGAUGGACGAGGAAGAACGAUUCUCGGCGGCGACCAUUGCGAAGUUCCAGGACGACCGGGCUUUUUACAAGACGUUCGCGCAGACGCUCGAGAUGGAUUCAAACAUCAAAUUUGCCGUUUCCCUCAUCGCCGACAGUCCUCAACAGGCAUGGGCAUUGGGAAAGACAAGAGAGUUCAUGACGGCCAUGCUGGGGGGCAACGAGAGGCUCUGCAAGCAGCUAAUACCCGACUUUCCCCUGGGGUGCAAGCGGCUCACUCCUGCACCCGGAUAUCUCGAGUCGUUCCAUGACCCAAGGGUUUCUCUUCACACUGAUUGCAUCAGGAGGGUUGUAUCUCGGGGCAUAGAGCUGUCCAAUGGUGAAAUUCUCGAGGUUGAUGCCAUCAUCUGUGCUACUGGCUUCGAUUCUUCGUUUCGCCCUGCUUUCCCGCUUGUUGGCCGGCACGGCAACUUGCAGGACAUCUGGUCUGAGCAAACACCCAAAGCAUACAUGUCCCUCGCCGUCGCAGGCCUGCCCAACUACUUUAAGUUCCUAGGCCCCAACGCUCCUAUCGUACAGGGCGAUGUUUUCACACUCAGCGAGCACAUCGCCAGCUAUAUUGCCACCGCAAUCCGCAAGUGUCAAACGCAGGGCAUUCGAACCAUCGCCCCUUCGGAAGCCGCCGUUGAGGACUACUUUGAGCAUAUCACAGCUUUCAUGCCGCGUACGGUCUUUGCGGGCGGAUGUAGGUCCUGGUACAAGCAGGGCGAGGUCAACGGUCCCGUGACGGGUCUGUACCCUGGGAGCCGGACGCACUUUAUCCAGCUUUUGGAACACUUCAGGGGCGAGGACUGGGAGUACACGUAUGAGAAUGCAAGGCAGAACCGCUUCGCCUAUCUGGGCAAUGGCUUCACUGCGCCGGAGAUGGCGAUGCUCAAGGCCGGAGUACCCGCUUCGUGA